CCUCCCUAAUAUAUUUGUUGAGGGGUAAUACAAAAUCACUGGGAAACUGAUUAGAGCAGAUUUGAAGAUAAAAUUGUGGCCUGGUAACUUAGCAAAAGCAUAAUGGUGUCAUCUUGUAUGCUGAUGAUAACGUUCUGGGCACUUUGUUACUUUCAUUUUCUUUUUUCCCUCUGUGUGUCUUUGUGUGUGUUUGUGUGUGUGUGUGUGUGCUCACACCCACACGUGUGACUUUGCACGCAUUUGUCUUUGAGAGAGAGAGAUAAUAGUUUUUGUUUUUCUUUCAGUAGCCAAAGUUUAAAACAUUGCUUUUUUCUUUGAUUCUAUCGCUUUUAAGGUGAUCUUUCUUAACACAGGAUAAGAAAGCAGUAAUGUCCUAAAGAAUGCUGUUGAAUUAAUUAGUAUCAGCCUCUCCUACAGUUCUGGAAGGAUACAUGUUAAGUACCACUCCUGGGUGAAUCAGAAAAACAGCCACUUGAGCAAUUUCAUGUUCUGUGGUUCAGAUGAGAAUCCCCGUUGAGAAAGUAAGAAAAUAUGUGUUUAUUCUUCAGCUUUAAAUUGUUAUAUCACAAACUUCCUUCCUCCUUGGCAAGCUUUUUUUUUUUGACGAGAAGAAAAUUGUAAUAAACAACAGUAUGACUAAUAGAUAGUCACAUGGUUACUUCCAGUUUGCAAAAUGCUAUUUAUACUUUGAGUUACUCUUCAAAAGUGGUAUACCUCUAGUUUGGAGCUGUGCUGUAAAAACAAGAGUAACAUUCUUAUAUUAAAGUUAAAUAAAGUUACAACUUUGAAGAGAGUUUCUGCAAGACAUGACACAAAGCUGCUAGCAGAAAAUCAAAACACUGAUUAAAAGAAGCACGGUAUGAUGACCAAACAUAAAAAGUGUUUUAUAAUUGUUGGUGUUUUAAUAACAACUAAUAUUAUUACUCUGAUAGUUAAACUAACUCGAGAUUCUCAGAGUUUAUGCCCAUAUGAUUGGAUUGGUUUCCAAAACAAAUGCUAUUAUUUCUCUAAAGAAGAAGGAGAUUGGAAUUCAAGUAAAUACAACUGUUCCACUCAACAUGCCGACCUAACUAUAAUUGACAACAUAGAAGAAAUGAAUUUUCUUAGGCGGUAUAAAUGCAGUUCUGAUCACUGGAUUGGACUGAAGAUGGCAAAAAAUCGAACAGGACAAUGGGUAGAUGGAGCUACAUUUACCAAAUCGUUUGGCAUGAGAGGGAGUGAAGGAUGUGCCUACCUCAGCGAUGAUGGUGCAGCAACAGCUAGAUGUUACACCGAAAGAAAAUGGAUUUGCAGGAAAAGAAUACACUAAGUUAAUGUCUAAGAUAAUGGGGAAAAUAGAAAAUAACAUUAUUAAGUGUAAAACCAGCAAAGUACUUUUUUAAUUAAACAAAGUUCGAGUUUUGUA